AUGGUGAACUGCAAAACUUUUUUACAUCUAAGCGACAAAGUUGGCCAAGUAUUCAAAGGAAAAAAAAUUGAUGAAAGGAAUACUCUUCCUAAGAAAUUAGACGAUCCAGGUAGCUAUUCAAUUCCAGUGAAGCUUGGAGAUAUUGAAAUUAACAAAGCAUUAUGUGAUCUUGGAGCAAGUGUGAGUCUUAUGCCACUCUCUAUCUGUAAGAAGCUGCAAAUGGGUGAACUUAAACCCACACGCAUAUCUCUACAACUUGCAGACAAGUCAGUUAAAUUUCCUUUGGGUGUACUUGAGGAUGUACCUCUUCGCGUAACUAAAUUCUUUAUUCCCUGUGAUUUUGUUGUGAUGGAAAUGGAGGAAGAUGCACAUGUUCCUAUUAUUCUUGGUAAGCCUUUCUUAGCUACUACAGGUGCAAUUAUUGAUAUGAAGAAUGGUAAGAUCACCUUUGAGGUUGGUGACGAGAAAAUAGAAUACUCACUCUUGAAUGCUAUGGGUACUCCCUCUAUGGGAGAGACUGUUUGUCAGGUAGAUGUGCUUGAUGAUUUGCAGAAUGAUCAACUUCCUUUGAGCAAAACAGAUGAUGCACUUGAAACAAUGCUAGUAGGGUAG